AUGUAUUCAAUUGUUAAAGAGAUUAUUGUAGAUCCUUACAAAAGACUAAAAUGGGGUUUUAUUCCAGUAAAGCGGCAGGUGGAAGACCUGCCAGAUGACUUAAAUUCAACAGAAAUUGUCACUAUCUCCAACAGUAUCCAGAGUCAUGAAACAGCUGAAAAUUUCAUCACGACUACAAGUGAAAAAGAUCAACUACAUUUUGAGACUAGUAGCUAUAGUGAACAUAAAGACAAUGUGAACGUUACUAGAAGUUAUGAAUAUAGAGAUGAAGCCGAUAGGCCAUGGUGGAGAUUUUUCGAUGAACAAGAGUAUCGGAUCAAUGAAAAGGAAAGAUCUCACAAUAAAUGGUAUAGUUGGUUCAAACAGGGUACCUCUUUCAAAGAAAAAAAAUUAUUAAUUAAAUUGGAUGUCCUUUUAGCCUUUUAUUCUUGUAUUGCUUAUUGGGUGAAAUAUCUGGAUACGGUUAAUAUAAACAACGCUUACGUUUCGGGAAUGAAGGAAGAUUUAGGCUUUCAAGGUAAUGAUUUGGUGCAUACUCAAGUAAUGUACACAGUUGGUAAUAUUAUAUUUCAAUUGCCAUUUUUGAUUUACCUGAACAAGCUCCCAUUAAACUAUGUUUUACCAAGCCUCGACUUAUGUUGGUCGCUUUUAACCGUUGGUGCUGCAUAUGUCAAUUCUGUACCACACUUGAAAGCAAUUAGGUUUUUCAUUGGGGCUUUUGAAGCGCCAAGUUAUUUGGCAUACCAAUAUUUGUUUGGUUCCUUUUACAAACAUGAUGAAAUGGUGCGUCGUUCUGCUUUUUACUAUUUGGGCCAGUAUAUCGGUAUUCUAUCCGCUGGUGGGAUCCAGUCAGCCGUAUAUUCAUCGUUAAAUGGUGUAAAUGGUUUAGAGGGAUGGAGAUGGAACUUUAUUAUUGACGCUAUUGUGUCUGUCGUAGUGGGCCUUAUUGGAUUUUACUCCCUGCCAGGUGACCCAUACAACUGUUAUUCUAUUUUCUUAACUGAUGAUGAAAUUAGGUUGGCGAGGAAAAGAUUAAAAGAAAACCAAACAGGUAAAAGUGAUUUUGAAACAAAAGUAUUCGAUAUUAAACUGUGGAAAACAAUUUUCAGUGAUUGGAAAAUAUACAUUUUAACUUUAUGGAAUAUUUUCUGUUGGAAUGACAGUAAUGUUUCAUCUGGGGCAUACCUACUAUGGUUGAAAUCUUUGAAAAGAUACUCUAUUCCUAAGCUCAAUCAGUUAUCCAUGAUUACUCCGGGUUUAGGUAUGGUUUAUUUGAUGCUUACUGGUAUUAUUGCAGAUAAAUUACACUCUCGUUGGUUUGCGAUUAUUUUUACUCAGGUUUUCAAUAUCAUUGGUAACUCCAUAUUAGCCGCUUGGGACGUCGCAGAAGGAGCCAAAUGGUUUGCAUUUAUGCUGCAAUGUUUUGGUUGGGCUAUGGCUCCUGUUUUAUACUCUUGGCAAAACGAUAUUUGUCGCCGAGAUGCUCAAACUAGAGCUAUUACUUUAGUUACAAUGAAUAUUAUGGCUCAAUCAUCUACCGCAUGGAUAAGUGUUUUGGUUUGGAAAACAGAAGAAGCUCCCAGGUAUUUAAAGGGGUUUACUUUCACUGCAUGUUCUGCUUUUUGUCUCUCCAUUUGGACUUUUGUUGUACUCUACUUCUAUAAACGUGAUGAAAGGAACAAUGCCAAGAAGAACGGUAUUGUGCUUUAUAACUCUAAACAUGGUGUGGAAAAGCCAACGUCAAAAGACGUUGAAACCUUAUCAGUAUCUGAUGAAAAAUAA